CCUUUUUUUAUAAAUGUAAACCAUUCGUAGCCCACAUCAUAUUCUAGCUCUAGCUACACAUCCACUACCUCGCCAAUUCGCCAUGGCUGAUGCACCCCAAUUCGAGAAGAAAGAACACAGCGGCGGCUCCGAGGGAGAAGCACGAGAUGGCCUCACCCAGACGCCCACCACCCUCCCUAUGAGAGAAGGGUGGUUCCUGCCGCUCUUCCGCCUGCAGGGCUGCUGGCUGACACCGCAGCGAGUCGAGAGCGUGAAGCUGGUGCAAGCCCAGUUCAACCCCCGCCCGGACGACGUCCUCCUCGUCACGUACCCCAAGUGCGGCACCACCUGGCUCAAGGCCCUCGCCUUCACCGUCGCCAACCGCUCCCGCCACCCCGUCGCCGGCGGCCACCACCCGCUGCUCAGCCACAACCCCCACGACCUCGUGCCGUUCCUCGAGCUCCCCGACCGGACCCUCUACCUGGUAGCGGAGCUCGAGGCGCUCCCCUCUCCGAGGCUGCUGUGCACGCACGUCCCGCGGGCGCUGCUGCCCCCAGGCACGCUGCCUCUCGGCUGCCGACGACUCGUGUACCUGUGCCGGGACCCAAAGGACGUGCUCGUGUCCACGUGGCACCACGCGCAAAACGCGCGGCUCAUAGAGUUCGACAAGGCCUUUGAGUUGUUCUGCGAGGGGGUUUCCGUGUUCGGGCCUAUCUGGGAGCACUGCCUAGGGUACUGGGAUCUAAGCGUGAGAGAGCCCAACAAUGUUCUCUUCCUCAAGUACGACGAGAUGAUGGCUCAACCUGCGAAGCACGUCAGGAUGCUCGCCGAGUUCCUCGGCGUUCCCUUCACCGUCGAGGAGGAGAGCGGCGGGGUCGUGGAGGAGGUGGUGAGGCUGUGCAGCUUCCAGAACCUCAGGGACCUGCCGGUGAACUCCGAUGGGGUGGUGGCUGGUCGGAUCGGUGCCAUGCCGACCAAGAACUCCAUGUUUUUCAGGAAGGGAAAGGUAGGGGAUUGGGAGAACUACCUCACUGAGGAGAUGGCUCGCAAGCUGGAUUGCAUCAUUGAGGAGAAACUCAGAGGAUCCGGCCUAACCUUUUCACAAUCUGUUUGUCAUAGUACUUAAUUACCUUGUUGUUUGGGGUGCAUUAAGAUUUGGUUGGGACUGGUUUUAAUUUGUAAGAGUUUGAUUUAUAGGGAAAGGACUGCUAGCGUACGUUUUCCAAAGAAUAAAUAGCUUAUUUCAGUGCUCAAAAAUUGUGUCCAAUAAUGCUCAUGCUCGUGCCACAAUGUCGGACAUACUAUAAUGGCAUCGUGGAUCAAGUG